UCUGCGGAGCGCUCGGCUCCGCUCGGUGCUCGGCGCGGGUUUGGCGGAGCGCGGCAGGACGGUGGCGGUGCCUCCCCCGUGCGCGCUCUAUAAAAAGUGCAGCGGCAGCGCGGCCCUAUCUAUAGCGCGGGGAGGGAGCUGCCUAGAUUAGCCCUGCAUCUGCUGGGUUUUUGCCCGGCCCUGCUCAGGCUGAGGGAUUCCCGGGUCGGGCUCGCCGGGAUCUCCCUCCCAGCGGAGCCGUUCCGGCUGUGCCGCCGUUCCCUGUCCGCCUGCCCCCUCCCCAGCCACGCGCUUCGCCCGAAGGCUCGGCUCCCCCCAGCCCCCCUGCUUUCUCCUGCCCUUCUUCGGGGCUUUCCCCGUACGCCGGGCUGCGGCGGGUCCCGCGGCGGGUGGGCUUGGGACGGAUGCUCGGCCUCACCGCAGCCUGACCCCCGCCCUGGGGCUGCCGUAGCAGGGGCCGUGUCCCUUUAACGAGGCAGGGCUUGGAGCUUGUGCCGCUGGCACAGGGAUGGAGCGGCGGUGAGGAGCCGGUGCCAGAGCGGCAGCCUGCAGCGGGAGGGGCGGUGGCAUCGGUGAGCGCAGACCCCGAUCAGAGCAGAGGGAAUCGCUCCGGGCAGAAGCUCGGUGCGGCUCUUGUGGGUGCUGAGCCCCCAAUCCCUGUGUCAUCGUUCUCCAGGUAAGGCCCGGGGCACGAUGGGGGGGUUGGGGUGCCCAAGGUUUGUGUGAUUGUGAGGUGAGGCGGUGGGGGCCGUGCAAGUGCUGCGGUCACCGCCCCAGCGGGACCUGCACUGCUGGGAUCUGCCCCAGGGCAUCAGUCCUUGGGCUGUGCCGUAAAUGCCCGCUGGCCACCGGUGGGACCCUUUGUCAGAGCUGCUUGCUAGGAUUGUUCCCAUGCUGGGCGAUCCGCGGGGUUGGGAUGCUUUUAUUUUUGGGGUUGCACUGAAGGGAAGUUCCCUGGCGUGGGGCUGUGGUUUUCCAGGGGUUUAGUGGGAGGGAGUGUGAGGCAGAGCUGGAGGGAGCUCUGAGCUGAGCCAGCUGCAGGGACCCCACAGUGUGCUCGUUUGGGGCUGUGAUGGGGCAUCAUCUCUGUGGAGCUGCCAUUUCCCAUGCCCAGACUGAGCUCUCCCAGGUGCAGUUCUGACAACUUUACAGCUGCUCAUAGCAGAGAGGGUGAGGAGGGGGCAGCAAAGUGCUGGAGGUGGGGAGGGGUCUUGGUGGUGAUUCUGCACUGGGCACCAUUUGCUGCUCCAGGGGCUGAGGUCGGGGUGAGGAGCAGCUCUGCUUUUAUUCAUCACCUCGGGGCUUAGAGCAGCACACGGAGCCAGAUGGGCCCUGUUUACCCUGCGAGUGUAAAUGCAAAGAGAAGUGAUAAAAAGCAGCUGGAACAGCUUCUGCUGGCAGCCCCAGUAAACAAGGCAGCAAAUAGCGAGCACGUUGCUGAGCACUGAGCCAGGCGCCUUGGGAACUGAUGGGAAGGCUUUGGGGUGACCCCAGCCCUAAUGGCUCCAGGCAGCGGGGCUGGGACUGUCCCUGUCUGAGUGCUGCUCCCACUGCUGACCCAGAGUGGGUGCUCCCCUCUUCCCAUGUUGGGGUUAGAAUGGGGUUACUGUUAGGGUUAGGGUUACGGAAAGGGUUUGUGUUGGGGUUAGGGUUAAGUUUAGUGUUAGGAUGUGGUCAGUCUUAAGGUUAGAGUUAGGAUUAGUCUUAGGGUCAGUUAUAGGGUUAGGAUCAGUUAUCCUGUUAGGGUUAAGGGUAUAGGGUUAGGUAUAGGGUUAGGAGUAGCCACAUGCGUGCAUCCCUCUGCUGCCCCCUCCCCUCUGUGCCGCUCAUCAGUGCAGCACUGACCUUGUUGUUAAUUAUUAAACCCGCAGCAAACACCGUACUCUGUUGUGCCCUAGUUACGCGUGGGCUUCUUGUGCAUCUUUUUUUUUUUUUUCCCCAAGCAAAUUACCCUGGUAACCUCUGUGGGUGGAUGGAGAUAGGAGUGGCAGAUGCUUCUCUCCCCACCAGCACAGGCGAUGGGCUGCAGAGGCCCUGGGGCUACUGAGCUGCUUUGUGUGGCCAGGAGACAGAGAUGUGUGGCUGUCUGCUUCUGGCCGUGUGGGCUCUCAUGGCUCCACAGUGCUGAGGUUCGGCUCCAGAGCAGGGAUUUGAGAUCAGGUCUGUGUGUGUCCCUCUGUUGGUGCGCAUGAGCCCCUUCUUCACAGACCUCCUCCCAGCGCCUCAUCUUGCAGCUGUGCUGAGGAACCAAGGGACCAUGCCAGGUCUGUACGUGCUCUCCUCCUGGGAGGCUCUGCCCCUGAAGAGCUCCAGGGUGAAGGCAUGCGCCAAUGGGUACGUGCUGAGCAUCACUGCCCAGCUCCUGUACACCAACCCAUGUGAAGAGCCUGUGGAAGGUGUCUUCAUUUACCCGCUGGAGGAGUCAGAGCUGGUGGCUGGCUUUGAGGCAGUGGUGGGCAGCCGGCGGGUCACCUUCCAGGUGCAGAGCCGGCACCGGGCGCAGGAUUGCUGCCUGCAGUGUGGCAGCAGCUCAGGGCGGCCGCGCCGCUGUGCCAGCGGUCACCUCGUCCUGGAUGAGGACACCGAGCGUUCCACCUUCGUCAUCAUCACAGGCUCUGUGGGGCCAGCAGAGAGCUUGGCUGUGACCCUGAACACAGUGCAGGAGCUGCCCACGCUGCCGGGGGGGGCCCUGCGCCUCGUCCUGCCCCCCGUCCUUGUGCCACGUGUCACCACCGCCCCCGAGCGUGAGAGCGAGCCGGGAAGCUUGUGUGACGACAGGUUGGCCCUAUGCCCCACCAGCUGUUUCGGGGGACCCGGGGCAAGGAGCCAGCCUGCGCCCGCAGCACCUGUGGAGAGCACAGACGUCUUCAGGGGACAGCCCUACAACCCUUUUCCUUAUGAGUUUGCUUUUGAGCUGCUGGUGAAGGGCCCGUGCCUGCUGGCAGGCCUGGAGAGCCCAACCCAUGCACUGCGUGCCGAUGCCGACCCCUGGGCCAGCUCUGCCGCCACCACCUGCGUCACCCUGGCCGAGUGUCACCGCUAUGACAGGGACGUGGAGAUCAUCCUCUACCCCUGUGAGCCGCACCAGCCCCACCUGGUGAUGGAGGAAGGCACCAUGACGUACCCCGAGUAUGAGGCACACAUCCGGAGCCGCCGGGACUACGUGCGGAUAGCCAGGAGGGAUGGCAGUGGGGAGAGACAGGUGGCUUUUGUGCAGAAGCGUUUCCACAAGGACAUCUUCCACAACCCUGUGCUGAUGCUCAACUUCUGCCCGGAGGUGGAGGCUGCCCCAGGAGCCCUGCAGAGCGUCACCCGUGAGGUCCUCUUCCUCAUAGAUCGCAGUGGAGCCGUGAGCGGCCCUGAUGUCGACAGGGUCAAGGAUGCGCUGCUGGUGGCCCUGAAGAGCCUCCCUCCAGGAACUCUGCUCAACAUGGCAACCUUCGGCACCGACCUGCAGCCGCUCUUCCCCUCCAGCCGCCUCUGCAGCAAUGAGACGCUGCAGCGGGCCUGCUGCCACCUGGGUGAGCUGCGGCUGGCCGCGGGCAGCCCUGACCUCCUGGCAGCGCUGAGUUGGGCUCUGGCACAGCCCCUGCACCAUGGGUACCCCCGGCAGCUCUUCCUGUUCACCGCGGCGGCAGCAGUGGGUGACGUGGGCCGCAUCCUGCAGCUGGUGCGCAGGCAGGCCAGCACCGUCAGGUGCUUUAGCUUUGGGAUGGGCCCACGGGCAUGCCGGCGGCUGCUGACAGCCAUAGCCAAGCUGAGCCGUGGCCGCGCCGAGUUCUUGGACCUGGCCGAGAGGCUGCAGCCUAAGCUCAUCAAGGCCCUGAAGAAGGCGAUGGAGCCGGCCGUCAGCGACAUCACCAUUGACUGGUAUGUGCCUGACAGCACUGAGGCUCUGCUCUCCCCCACUGAGAUCGCAGCGCUCUACCCCGGGGACCGGCUCAUCAGCUACUGCACCCUGUACAGCAUCGCCCGGUUCCGGGACCAGCGCCCAGUGGGCCGAGAUGGAGCUCGCCGGGGCUCAGCUGUCCCGUUGCAGGAGGAGGUGCCCACCCCAGGGGGCACACGGCUGUCCCGAAGCUCCAGAGAGACCUCCGUGGAGAUUUCAGCCAUUGGCACAGAGGAGUCGGAGCGCAGUGCUGACCUCACUUCGGGGGGAGACAUCUGGAAGCGUAUUUACCAGCCCUCCUACAUCCAGGAGCAGUACGUCCUGACGCACUGCUCGGUCAGCACGGAGCGCAGCCAGGGGCUGCUGUCCCGCAGCUCCACCAGCAGUGAGUCCACUGGCUCCCGUGAUGUGGCCCCCGACAGCGGCUCUGCAGCCCCUGACACUACCUCCCAGCAAGGCCAGAAGAGCCUAUCCCUCUGUGAGUCCUCCACCAAAUCUGCCCCGCUGCCCUCAGCCCCUGCUGCCAUCAAGGUGCCGGUGUCUCUGAGCAAUGAGGAGCUGGCACGGCGGCAGAAGGCGCUGGCACGAGCUGCCCUGGCUGGCCGCAGCUUCUCCUCACCACACGGGGAGCUGGAUGCACGCCGGCUCUGCCGUGCCCUGGAGAAGGUGUCCCAGAAGAGGAACCAGUCUGUGGAGGGGCAGCUGGACCAGCUGAGCCCCAGGACACCGCGGCUGCAGCGCAGCAUUGGGGAGUCAAAUAACCUCCUGUCACCGACCCACCUGGACUGGGACAUGCUGGUGGAGCCCUCUUACCUCUUCAGUGCAGUGGUUCCCGAGGCGAAGGAGCCCGGCCAGGGUGAUCCCUGCCUGCCCCUACGCUGCCACGUGGUGAUCCAUGGACUGCAUGCAGGCCAGCCUGUGUCCUGGGAGGUGACGGCCUCACUGGAGGCCCUGCUGCAGCCACGAGAUGGGGUGGGCAGUGAGGAGCCCCCGCGGCGGGCAGCCAUAGCAGGGGAGAAACCAUUACAUGGCUUGGCAGCACGCUCCAUCAUCCAGGAUAGCGAAAAGGCGGCACAGCGUGAAGCUGAGCUGGAGCAGGGUUUCGCCCGCCGCUUCCGCCUGAAAGCCAUGCAAACCAGCAAAGCCUGCAACGUGCCUUCCCUCUACACGUGCGUGGUGCCUGUGGAUGGGGCCACACGGGUGGUGCUGCCCGCGGCCCCGCAGGUGUGGAGCACAGCCACACGCAGCACAGGCAUGGCAGGGAGCCGGCAUCGCCGGCAACGGGAUACGGAGGAGCGGGAGGCUCUCAUUGGUGCAGAGAGGGAUGAGGUCCCUGGGUCUCCAGUCAGUGCCUCCUCUGCCACCUCUGGCUGGGAAAAGCAGAACGGCUCUCACGGGCUUCCAACCAGCCCCUCCAGCUCCUCCAUGGCCUCACGGAAAUCCACAGAGAGCAUUGCUGGCUCCAGGUUCAGCCUGACCCGGCGCAGGGGGCCCAGCCUAACACUGCGACCACAGUGCCUCAGCCCCGAGAGCGAGUGCUCCAGCACGGCUGCCAGCCACGACUACCUCCCGCUGGUGCAGUUACAGCAAGCACGGGGGCUGUUCCAGCUCACCGAGACCUUCUCUGAAGUGGUGCAGAUCCCCCUAGAUCGCCUGCGCCGUGCCUCGCCCUAUGCCUCCCACCGUGCCAGCCUCAGCCCCACAUCCCCCGUAGCCAAGAGCAGCCCCGGGGCAGGGCCGUGCACCGAGGACAAGGAGCCAGUUGCAGCCCCAGAGACUGGCUCCCCCCAGUCCCACAGCACUUGCUCUGAGGUGCCCAGUGCAGCUGUGUGGGCGCAGGCAGACAGCGGGCAUGGCUCUGAGUCUGACACCGCUCCCCAUUCAGCCGCCCCAUCGGAAGCAGGCUGGCAGGAUGUGGGGCUGGAGGACCUCGAGAGUGCCAGCUGGGCCACGGCGGUGGCCCUGGCAUGGCUGGAGCACCGCUGCGCCGGCUUCUUCGAUGAAUGGGAGCUGGUGGCAGCCAAGGCAGAUGCGUGGCUGCAGGCACAGCAGCUGCCCGAGGGCCUAGAUGUGAGCUGCCUCAAAGGGGCGGCCCGGCACUUGUUCCUGCUGCUGCGGCACUGGGACGAGAACAUCACUCUGAACAUGCUGUGCUACAACCCCAACAAUGUGUGAUGGCCGCAGGGGCCAUCAAUAAAGGUGCCUGGCUCCAUG